AUGGCACGGCUUCACCCAUUGCUCCGUGUUGAAAAUGUUGAAAAGCUGCCCUUCCGGCUCCGGCUCCACGCAAAGAGGGCACUUGUUCCAGAGCGGACAACCGCAGGUGUCGAGGCGGCCGCCAAUGUCCUCAAAAACAUCAACGAGGCCGACCGUGCGCCAUUCAUCCCCGUCUUCUAUACCAUUCUCCGCUCCAUCCGUAUUCCCUCUGUUGACGAACUGGCUGCUGAAUGGAUAAGCGGCAUUGAACACGCUUGGCAUGCUCUCUACGCGGUGUGCUUCCUGGUGGAAAUGACCGAGCUUCCAGACUCCCACGACCUUUACGCGGCACUGUGGGUCUGUGUAUGGCCAUGGGUCUGUUUCUUCCAAGAUCAAUUCGACCUUCGACCUGAGUGUCGUUCCUUUUUCAAAGCGAGCCUCCUCCAGAACUUCAUCAUCUUCAGCUCUCACCUGAGCCUCACAUUGGAGAGCCACAGUCUGAUGCUAAUGACACCAGGCUUUCGAACGAUUAUCGCGGCAGCAUGGUGUAACACCAUGUUAACUGGCGGGCCAACGCCAAGAGACGAUGAGGGCGAGAAGGGCCGGUUGGCUCGCGUGUUCAGUAUCAUUUUCGUGCAUUUCCUCUCGGAAAGCGCUUUCCCCGCGCCGAACGCCUUGCAGGAAAUAAUAGAAGGCACGGGGGGCACAGUUCACUCCCUCGGGUCAAUGCUUUCCGAAUAUAUGAAGACUGUCGCAAGCGUCGAUAAACUAGCUAUCCACCCUCAACACACCGAAAGCCUUCUGAUGUUUCUAGACUGGACAGACAACAUCGGCGAACUGGAGCCAAAACCGAUGAUUAGUUCUCCCAGUUCUAUCACUCUCGUCGCCGUCCAAGAAGGGCUGAUCGAUCAUGUUGUUGAUACUCUCUGCCUCUUCAUCACGUCUGGGAUACAGUCAGAGGCUCACGUAGAGCAUCCAAGACUCGUUGAAAUCACAUCUCGGGCUUUUUGGUUAAUCGUUAGAGUCAGUAUGCUUAGUCCUGGGCUCUAUGGGGCGUCGCAAAAGACUCUUGGGUCUCGUCUCCUUCGCAUUCUAGCCCUUUGUGCGCGCCAUCUGAGCGACAUUGACGAGCUGCAAGCCUCCGUGGCCCGCAUUCUUCGCACUUUCAUGUUGCCCAUGCUGCUUGACGUUUAUGCCAUCCAACAUCUGCCAGAAGAACUGGCUCACGCGAAGCAACUUGUCGCAGAAGCUGAGCUGGCGAGUAAUGACAGCGAGCUGUGGAAGAGGUUUUUUGACGUCGCGGAGGACCGGUUGUCUGCCAUGCAACUAUUCGAUCUAUCGGCAACCUCAAAGAUAUGCGGGAAUCUUUUGUGUCAUUUGGUGGCUAAUCGGACGCAGUUUAGACGGUGUCAAGAAUGCAAAGACGCCUGGUAUUGCUCUACCGACUGCCAACGUGAAGACUGGAAACUGCACAAGAAACUUUGCCGUCACGGUGGAGGACGAUCGCUUGGGCUUGCGACACAUGGCUUCCGUCAACGUUGCUACAUGCGAGACCUGCUUGACCGCGAAUAUCAGCACCACAAGUCUAUCAUCUACGAGAAGUACUUUGACUUGAUGCUGAAGAAUCCACGAAUCAAUCUGGCGCGAGUCGUUGUGCACUUUAAUUUCAAUUCUAUUCGAAGUGAUGACAGCGUAGAAGUGACGGUCAAAGAGCGCGGCUUGGAAAACACACAGGUCGACGAGUGGACUUCUUCUGCAUGUGAACAUCUCAACCGUCGUGCAGAGCGUGCUGAAGCAUCGAAUACGUCUUUUCAGCUUCAUCAGGUCCACCUGCCCUAUUUGUUGCGCGGCGGCGGUGUUUCAGGCUGGUCGAAUAGACUGACCGUCGUUCCGUUGCGAGGGAAUGACCGAGGGACAUCGGCUUUUCGCGCAGCAUUUGACGACAUUCUUGGUAGUUUUGGAGGCUCUCAAAUCGAGUUGGGUGAAGAUCUAGAUCCGGAAGACGUUAAAAUCAUAAAGCAGCGAUUUGUAGAGCGUAUCUUGGAAGAAAAGAAGGCUGUAGUUGAGCUGCAUUGA